GCCGGCUUCCUCUGAAAGAUUUUUGACAGGACAAAGGACUCUCCACCACAGGAGUGAUGUCCUAGAGACUGUGGUCCUUGUUAAUCCCUCAGAGGAUACAGUUGCAUCAGAGAUCCAGUCUCUACUCACAGACUCAGCAGGACACAAGCUUCUGGUCCUGAGUGGCCAGAGCUCAGAUCACGGUGACCUUCUUCUUCAAACUGGGGUUUUCACUUACCAGACUUUUUCACGUGUCAUUGCUGAUCCUGGGGUCAGUGAAUUACUGGGAACAGCAGCCCCCAAGCAGCAGGCAACACUUAUUGUGUCCUGCCGCGGGGAGGUGGGCUGGAGCUCCCUGGGACAGCAGCAGCACCUACGGGAGUUCCUGGAAUACAAACUAAAUCCUGAUCCCGUGCUUCCCAAGAUGGAGGGCGUCACCGAAUUCACUGAGUACAUCUCAGAGACGGUUGAUGUCCCUUCACCGUUCGACCUUCUGGAGCCACCUACCUCCGGAGGCUUCUUGAAACUGUCUAAACCAUGUUGCUACAUCUUCCCCGGUGGGAGGGGAGACUCUGCUCUCUUUGCUGUGAAUGGUUUCAACAUCUUGGUGGAUGGAGGCUCUGACAGAAAAUCCUGCUUCUGGAAGCUGGUGCGUCACUUGGACCGCAUCGACUCCAUUCUGCUUACACACAUCGGCGCUGACAAUCUCCCCGGCAUCAAUGGGCUCCUUCAGAGGAAGAUAGCAGAACAGGAUGAGGAGCAGUCCCAAGGCUCCACCAAUUAUAGUGACUGGAUGAAGAACCUGAUCUCUCCAGAGCUAGGUGUGGUGUUCUUCAAUGUACCAGAGAAGCUCCGCAUGCCAGAAUCAAAUCUCAAAGUCAAACGCAGCAUUGAAGAGGCCUCACUCACAUUGCAGUACCUUAACAAACUGGGAAUCAAGCCGGAACCACUAUUUCGAGUGGUCAGCAACACUAUUGAGCCCAUCACUCUGUUCCACAAGAUGGGAGUGGGCAGGUUAGACAUGUAUGUUCUGAACCCUGUAAAGGACAGUAAAGAGAUGCAGUUUUUAAUGCAAAAGUGGGCCGGCAAUAGUAAGGCUAAAACUGGUAUUAUACUCCCUAAUGGGAAAGAGGGAGAAAUAUCUGUUCCCUACCUGACAUCAGUUACAGCCUUAGUUGUUUGGCUCCCCGCCAACCCUGCAGAAAAGAUUGUCAGGGUACUGUUCCCCGGGAAUGCACCACAAAACAAGAUCCUAGAGGGACUAGAAAAAUUAAAGCACCUUGACUUCUUGCGCUACCCUGUAGCCACACAAAAGGACAUUGCUUCAGGAGCUCCUCCCUCUGCCAUAAAACAGACAAAGUUAAAGCAAAGAACAGAUAGCAAAGAAAGUCUCAAAUCCUCCCCCAAGACUACAGCAAAGGCAUCAAAGAAAGAAAUUGAUGGCCAAGAUGAUGUGUCAGCUGCUACAGAGGUGAAGAGUGAUUCUGUAAAGGAAAACAAGUUAGAGAAAAAGGAGGAGAAAAAGACUACCAAACCUCCAAAAUCUAAGACUGAUGUGCCAGAAAAGAAAAAACUCUUGAAAGAAAAAUCCUUAAAAAAGCACUCCAAAGAAAGAGCAUCAAAAAUGGAUGAGAAAAAAGACAAGGAAAAGAAAGAGAUCAAGAAAGUGAAAAAAGAAGACUCAACCAAAAAAGAUGAGAAGAAAGAUGGCAAGUCCAAGGAGGACAAAAAGAAGGACACAUCCAAACCUGAGCUAAGAAAGAUUACGAAGCCUGACCUAAAACCCCUGACACCAGAAGUCAGAAAGACAUUACAUAAAGCUAAAGUUUCAAGUAAAGCCAAGACUGGUAAAGUCAAAGUGAUCAAAGCAGAACCUGCUGAACCCAAGCCAGAGGAGCCAACUACAGCUGAAACUACUCAGCCUGAACCACUACAGAAUGGAGCUCUUGAGGGUCUGUCUGCUCCUUCCACACCAGAAGACCUCACCAAGGAUUUUGAAGAGUUGAAACAAGCUGACGUUGUUGCUGUAUCCUCAGAGCUACCUGACAUUACUGAGGUUGCAUCAGAGCCAUCAGAACAAGGCCUUAUCCAAGAGGAGGAGAAAGCUCAAGAAAUUAUAUCAGAAAUCAUUCCAGAUACACAGUCUCCAGAAAAGGAAGUACUGGCCUCAGAUUUGAAAGCUGAAGCUGAGGCUGAAGAUGAAGACAAGAAGUCAACACAACAGCAAGAGGAACAAUUAGUAGUAGAAGAGGCUGAAAAGUUUGAGGAUGAGGGAGCAGCUAUUGAGGAUGAGGAGGAGGAAGAGGAGGAGGAAGAGGCCAAAACUGUUGAAAAGAAAACAGCAGAGGAAGAGGAGGAUAUGGGAAUUGGAGAAGAGGAAGAUGAAUCAAAAUGGAAGGAGGCAAAAGACAAUGGGCUUGACAGGAAACAUGAGGUGGAAGAAAUGGAGAAAUCAGAAAUUCUCACCGCUAAGGUUGAGACAAAGGGUUUAAAAAUGAUGCCGUCCAGGGAAGAGGAAGAAGAAGAGGCAUUGGAGAAAGCUGAACUGGAGGAGGUCGAAGAUUUAGAUGUGAUAGCAGAUGAAGAGAUCAAAGUCAAACCUGAAGAUUUUGCUGAAGGGCAAAUGGCCCAGGUCAUGGACAGCAAAGCCACUGAACUUGCUACUUCAGCCAAAGAUGAAGAAGAUGAGGAAGGAUACCUAUCACAUGUAGGAGGGGUCACAGCUCCCAUAACCUCUGUAGCUCAAGGAGCUGCUGCAGCGGAACCAAUCUCCUACAUCCAAGAUGAAACCAUUCCUGGAUACUCUGAGACAGAACAAACCAUCUCUGAUGAGGAAAUUCAUGAGGAGGCAGAGGACAGAAUACCACACCUUCAAUAUGAUGUUGGCACGUAUGAUAUCUCCGUUCCAGAUCAGACAGGUUCAUUUGUAGACAUUCAUGGCAUGAGGGAGAUGCAAGCCGCAGCCAUGUCUGACAAAGGGUUUAUACCAGGUGUACAGGAGCAGGUAUCUGUCUUCACCAACAUUAUUGCUGCUCCUUUGGCAGAAGAGGAGCAUGUAUCCUCUGCAACAUCCAUAACAGAAUAUGACAAAUUGUCCUCCUUCCCCACCUCUAUUGCUGAAGACCAAUCUGUGGCAUCUGUCACAGCACCUCAAAUGGAGGAAACAGGGAAAAGUUCUUUAGUUAUGGAUACUGUCAACACUGUUCCCCUGUCAACCCCAACUGAUGCCACCCAAGGCAAAGACUACCCACACUCUGCAGGGACCAUCUCACCAUCCUCCUCUUUAGAAGAUGACAAGUGCUUCAAGUCUCCAUCUGAUGAUUUACAGUUAGCUGUCACUGAAGUGAAGACAAGUGCUAAAGUUCCUGAUACUCAUGAUGAGGAAGAAGAAGAAGAAGAAGAAGAAGAGGAAGAUGAAGACCAAACUCCUAAUGUUGACAUUUCACUUGAAAAACUUCAAGAGGGCUAUGCUUCAACCCAAAUAUUCCAGGAUAAAGAGAGAGAUACUGAAAAGCUUGCUGGCUCAGUGUCUCCAGGUUCUAUCCAGGAUACCAAACCUCUACACCCACCAGUUGAAGAGGAGCACAUAGAUACAGUUGCAUCAAAGGAUAUCUCAUCUGUUGUGCCCACAAAACCUUUUGGAUCAGACUCAAUAACAUCAGAGAGUGAAGAGCGUUGCUUCAGUCCAGAUGAUAGCACUGUGAAAAUGGCCUCCCCUACACAGUCUGGACCCCCAAGUGCAGCCCAUUCUCCAUUGCGUCAGUCACCUGUGGAAGAAAAGACUAAGGGCUUCCCUGAACAGGAGCUACAAAAACAAGAAGAGUUCCCUGACAUAGCCAUUAAAGUUGAAGACAAAGAUAAAAUUAAAGAUGAAUCAGAUAAAGAGAAUAAGAUUCAGAAAGAUACUGACAUACAGAAAGCAGAUCAGCAUGAGGUAGAAGCUUUAACAUCUUUGGAUAAAUCAGCUGAGAAGGACAUAAAAGAGAUUCCAAUGAUGAAAGAGACAGAAGAAUACACUUCCUCUAUACCAAAAGACGAAGACAAACAGAAGGAGACAAUGCCUCUUGCUGCUGCAUCUGUAACAGGAAAAGUUGAGGUGCCCAUGUUAGUAAAAGAUUCUCUUGCUGAGGACAUUGCCAGUGUGGGAGUACAUGAUGGGCAUCAAGAGAAAGAACCCAAAGUGCCUAUACCAAGUAAAUUUCCAGAGAGGGAGGGUCAGUUUUUUGAUGAUGACGAAGAAGAUGAUGAUGACGAUCAUGAUGAUAAAGCUGUUGUUAAAGUCGUCAAGGAGGUACAGGAAAUAGAGGGAACAAAGGAUGACACUUUUGAUCUCAAACAAGUCAUGGCUGAGCAGACACAGAAAGAAAUACCACAGGAUGAUGUUCCUGGUGUACAACCCAUCCAAGGAGAUAUGACAGAGAAAGAGGUAGAAAAGGAUGUUACCUCUGAUGUUAGACCCAUUAAGGAUGAGCAAAAGAGAGUGAAAAACUUGAUACUCCUGAUAUCAAACCUAUUAAAGAAAGAGAGAUGGAAAGAUGCUUCUGAUGUCAAACAAAUCAUAGAUGAGCAGAAGCAGAAAGAUAUCACACAAGAUGAUUUUGAUAUCACACCCAAAGAUGAGAUAACGGAGAAAGAGAUGACAGAUGUUGAUGUGUCCGAUACUGUGACCAUGAAAGAGCAGGAGAAAAAGAAAGAGGAUGGUACAUUUGAUAUUACAUGUAUCAAAGGUGAGGAGAUGAAGAUUGAAAAGGACCAUGCAACUGACAUUGAACCCAUUAAAGCUGAGAUGGAGAAAGAGGCGAAGAAGGAUGAUAUAACUAUUGUUAAGCAUAUUAAAGAAGAGGAGAAGAAAACGGAGACAGAAAAGGAUGAAAUCUUUAUUAUCAAAGAUAAAAAGGAGGAGAGACAGAUUGACAUUCCUGAUACCAAAGUCAUCAAGGAUGAGCAGUGGGAAGAAGAGAAAGUCAUGGAUGAUACCUCUGUUGCUAAACCCACCAAAGAAGAAGAAAAGAUGAGUAAAGAUGAUAGCUCUGUUGUUAAACAGCCCAUGGAAGAAGAAAAGGUGCAAGAGAUGAGUAAAGAUGAUAUGAGCAAGGUUGAGGAAAAGGGUGUAAUGAUGAGUAAAGAUGAGACUGUCAAACCAAGCAUACAACAAGAAAAGGGAGAAGAGGCUGGCAAAGGUGAUAUUUCUGCUACCACAUUUACCAAGAUGGAAGAAAAGGAUAUAACAGCAAUAAAAGAUGAUACUUCUGCUAUCCAGCUUACUAAGGUGGAGGAAAGGGAUGUAGUGACAAGUAAGGAUGAUGCCUCUGCUGUCAAACCAACCAUAGAAAAAGAAAAGGAAGAAAAGAUAAGCAAAGAUGAUACUUCUGCUAUAAAACAUACCACAGCAGAGGAAAAGGAUAUGGUGACAAGUGAGGAUGAUACUUCUGCUGUCAAACCAGCCAUAGGAGAGAAAAAGAAACAAGAGGCAAGUAAAGAUGAUACUUCAGUUAUCGAACUUCCCAAGGCGAAGGAGCCGCAAGAUACUUCUGUCAUCAAACCAGUUGUGGACAAAGAAAAGGAACUGGACACAAGUGAAGAUGCCAGUGUUGCUGCCAAACCUGGUAAGAUUGAAGAAGAGGAUAUAAUGACAAGUAUGGAUGUCAAAAUAUCCAUGAAAGAUGAGAUGAGCACAAAGGAUGAUACUUUUACUGCCAAGCCCACCAUGCAAGAGGACAGUCAGAAAGAAAUCAGCAAAGAUGAUGUUAGCACUGUCAGAUCAACAAUUGAAGAGGAAAAGGAGAAAGAAGUGAGUAAGUCGGACACUUUCACUGUCAAACCAUUCAAGGAAGAGGCAGUGACGAUUCAGGAUCAUAGUUCUGCUAUCAAACCUGACAAGGAGGAAGGAGAUAUAUUAACAAGUAAGGCUGACAUUUCUGUUGACAAGCCUAUCAAGGAGGAGGAAGGCAAAGGAAUGCCUGGUGUAAAGCUCAUCACAGAUGAAGAGAAGAGGGUAGAGGUGGGUGAAGUUACACUAUCUGAUAUAAAACUGCUCAAGGAGGAGAAGGCGGAAGAGCCAGUAACAGAUGAAUCUUAUGCUGUGAAACACGUUAAGGAUGAUGAAGAAAAAAUAGAGAAGAGUGACCUUUCUGAAACUAAACCCCCCCAGAAACAGGACAAAAAAGAGGCAGUAAAAGAAAGCACUUCUCCUGUCAAAGCUAUUGAGACUGAGGAGGAAGAAGAGGUAGAAGAGAGUGAUGUUUCUGCUAUUAAACAGAUAAAGGCGCAAGUUAAAGAGUUGGAAAAGGGUGAUGCUACUGACUAUAAACUCAUUACAGAUGGAAAAAAAGAUGAAGAGACUGAAAAGGAUGAUAAGACAAAAGAGAAGGAGACAGAAGAAUAUGUUGACUAUACUAAGGGGACAAAAGAGAAGGACUCUGAAGUCAAAAUUAUCAAGGAUGAGAAAGAUCAAGUCAAACAGGACACUUUAGAAACUCUAUCCAUCAAAGAAGAGGAGAGGGGAGCACAUGAGGAUGCUCUAUCUGGCACAGUGUCCAUUUUAAAAGAAGAGACGGAGAAGACGUUCACUCCAACAGAUGGCACCAAAGAUGAGAAAAAAGGGGCUGGAGAAGAUUAUCCAUUUGAGUCUGAAACCAAGAUGGAUGACAAAAAAGAGCCAAUUCUUGCUGUGGCCGAGCCCUUGAAAGAGGACAAGCCUGAAAAAGAUCAUCUUUUUGAGUCAGCUGCGACUAACAUAGGUAAAGACACUUCUGAUGAUAAGGUUAUGGAAGCACAGAAAGAAAAAGAUACUUCUGGCUCUACACCAAUAAAAGUUCAGCAAAGCAGUGACACGUCUGCAGCUAAGUCAAGUGAUGACAAAAAACAAGCAGAAGAUGACAUUUCUGUGGUUCCUCCUGACAUCCAGGAGAAGAAAGAAGAAGCUAAAGAUAAAGACAGUGAAGCAAAAGUCAUCACCAUUCAAGAGGAGAAGAUGGAGAAAGAAAAAGAUGACACACAUGUUGCUGAGCUAACUAAAGAGCAGAAAAUGGAGAAGGAACAAGAAAAAGAAUACACAUAUGAGACUGAAGAUAUCAAAGAUGAAAAAAGAGAUGAGGAUGAAAUAUAUGAACCUGCUAAAGUAAAAACUAUUCAAGAAAAAGGUACUGCAGAUAUAAAGACAGAUGAGAUGACUGAGAAAGAAAAGUAUGACUCCUACGAUAAAGAAGAGAAAUGGGAGAGAGAAGAAUUACAAGAGAAAGCCCUAGAUAAAACCAUCAAACAAACUGCACAAACAACAUUAGAGGAAUCAGUGACAGCAUCAAAGGUGGAUUAUAAGCCCACGUUUCUGGUUCCGUCCUCUGAUGAAGACAGGGAAGAAGAGGAAGAGGAGGACAUCUGUAUGGGAGGGGCAGGCUCCAGACCUUUGUCAGUCGAGCCUAGAAAAUCAGAGCAUGACAUCACUUGUGAAGGCCUUUUCUCCUCUCAAACUUCACAUAAAGUGCCUAGUGACCAAGCUACAGAGCUUAUACCUGAAAAGAGCACAGCAACUAUGACUACACUUACAACACAGGAGCCCUCUAUUGAUAAAGACAUCAAAGAGUUGGGAAAAGAAGAAUACAGACUUUUACCUGAAGCAGACAAGGGUGUUAUGUCAAUUGAAACCACAUCUGCACCCCUAGCCACACCAGAACCAUCCUUUAUUGCCACGUCAAAGGAGGAACCCAUCUCAACUGGAGUAAUUUCUAAAGAGGCACCAGUUUCUGACAUCCCUAUCACUAAAGAGGAUCCCAUGUCAGAAUCUGUUGAAAAAAGGCAUGUGUUAUCAACAUUAUCAAGCACUGACAGUCAACCAAGAAGUUGUACGCUAUCAAGCACUGAGAGCCAGUCUAGUGUAGAGGAAACACCCCAACUGGAAAAACCAAUACCAGCUCUGAAAGACUCAGCACUUAGUCCAGAAGAAAAGAAAAAGCAAGAAGAGAAACCAGAAAAGGAAGCAGAGAGAGAAAUGGAAGGAGAAAGAGAAGUGGCUUCACCAGGAUUAUCACAACCCUGUUCAUAUUUUAUGCUAGAUAAAGAUACUGAGAAUACUGUUGAGUCUGCUGGACAUGCUGAUACUGUAAAAUCAGACAAUGCCACUGUUAAAGCAGAAGGUGUUGACAAAAUGGCCUCAGUGAAAGAGAUGGUCAGUGAAACCCUACAAGAAGAAAAGCAAAACUUUGGUGCAUCCAAGUAUGAGCCAUACGAAAAGCCUAUCCCUAAAGAUCAUGAUUCAGACUACAGAGGAGGAAGUGAGGUUUCAGAGGGUUUUGAUCAGGCCUCUGAGAUUGGCAUUGAUGACAACAGGAGAACAAGUCAGAUAGAGUCUGGUGGAGCCAUGUUCCUCCUGGAUGAUCAAUACAAAGAAGAGCCUCUGUCCUUCAGCAGAGUUGACUACAGUCCAGUGUCGCUUACAGAAAGUGAACGAAGCAGUCAUCACAGUCAAAGUGCCUCCCCUCAAUAUGAAGACAGAGAGAAAGGCCAGGAGGAGGAGAGUGAGAGAGAGGAAGUACCAGACACACCUUAUGUUGAAAACAGCUUUUCAUCUGUAGACAUGCAAGAUAACAAAAUGACCCAUGCUGCUGAAUCGUUGUCUUAUGUAUCCAGUGUCAAAGAGGACAAACCUGAAAAAUCAGAGAAAGAGAAGGAGGAUAGGGAGGAAGGCAUUUCAUCAGCCCCUCAAACAGUGGCUGGAGGAGAGGAUAGUACAUACAAAGUUUCUACUAGUAUGGAUAUCCAUACGUCAGACCUAUCAUUAAGACAGGAAACACCGUCUACUUCAUUGAGCCAAUCAAACCUCGGCAUCCAAGCCUCAACUACUUCGACAGCUUUUGGAGAAUUCACAGAAAGGAAAGCCUCAGAGAAAGAAAAGGAAAAAUCUGCUGAGUCACUAAAAGACAAGAUGGAAUCCUCUGAUACUGAAAGAGAAGGAUCUCCCUCUGGUCGGUAUUCACCAGCAGAGAAAGACAUUUUAGCUCAGCGUUCUUCACCUUGUGAAAAAGAGGAAACAGCUAGUGACUCAAGAGCUGCACCUAGUGCCACAUUUUUAGGACAUCAGAUAGACGACAAUGUCCUUGCAUCUGACAGUAGUCAAAUUAGCAGCUCUGUCACUUGUAAAUCUAUGCUUGACUUUACAGAAAGAAAAGAUAGUAUGGUGGAUAAAAGGCUACUUGUUGAGGGGGAAGAUUUUAAUGAUGAUGAGGAUGAAGAUGAGGAUGAGGAUGAGGAAGAGGAUGAGGAGGACGAAGAGGAGGUCAGUGAUGUGGAUUUGGAAAAAGGUGCCAGAGAACAAUCAGAAAAAGAAAUUUGUAGACGUAGCUCUGAUGAUGCCACUGUCACUAAGUUAGCAGAAAAAGAGGACUCAAAUAAAAUUUCUCAGUCACCUGAAUCAAGCCCUCUCAAAGAUGACAAAACCUGUAGACCUGCUGCCGAUAAUCUAUCCACUUCCAAAGUCACUGAGGCAGAUGAGAAGGGCUUGGAUGAAAAAUCUCCUGAAACAAGGGCUUUCAAAAAGGAAGAUAUCUAUGAAGCUAAAGCUGAUGAGAGAACUGCAUCCCAACUUCCUGAGACAAAGAGUGAAGAUGUAGAUAAAAAUAUUACAUCACCAGAACCGGGUUCUCUCAAAAUGGCUGAAAUCUGUGUAACUACUUCAGAUGAUGCCAGUGCUUCUGCACUUCAUGAAACAAAAAAGGUGGAUGCAGAGAAAAGGGUUCCAUCACCUGAACCAAGUCCUCUCAAAACAGAUGAAAUCUGUUCAACUAGAUCAGAUGGCAUCACUGCUCCAGAGUUUCCUGAAACAAAGAAAGUGGAAGACACAGACAAGAGGCAUUUAUCACCUGAACCAACUGAAGCAGCCCCUCAGAAAAAGUCAUCUGUUGUGGAUGCCACUGUGGCUGAAGUGCCAGAGUCAAAAGAAAAAGAAGACAAAGUGUCUCUAUCAUCAGACCCAAGCAUUUCUACAAAAGAAGAGUGUAAACCAAUGGCCACAAGCAGCUUGACAAGUAGCCUUGUGCCAACAGACCAUGCAGAGUCUUUGUUCAAGCCUCCAGUUAGUUCGUCCCCACUGCUACCAGGCAGCUAUGCCGAUAUUGGACAGAGUGGAUCUGGAGACUACCCCUCAGAAUCAUCUGAGCAUUAUUACAGUGAGGUCAGUCAAGUAGGAAAGAUGAAGGAGGGUGAAGGAGAAGCCCUUGUGUUUUCAGACACCUCCCAGCUAUCUAAGUUAAGUGAUGACAAAUAUUACAGCCAAGGAGAUGCUGAAAAACAAAGGCUGAUGCUAAGUCCAGAUGAGAGGCAGACCUCGGAUAUCACUACAACACAUGAGGAAACUGCCUCAUCAACUUGCACAUACACCACCAUGACAUACUCAUCCUUAACAUACUCCUCUGUAUCACACAGCUACUCUUCAUCAGCCUCAGCUUCUGUUCCCUCUAGCCAACAGUUUGGAGAAGAAGUAAAGACUUUGAUGGCGGUAUCCACUUCUGGUCUUGAGCAGGACUCUGAGGUACCUUUGGUCAAAGAAGAGGCACCAUCCGUUACACAGUCUAGGCCUCAGACAGAUGAGUACAUGGAAGUGACUAUGAAACCUUCAACAAUUGCCCCUAGUCUUUCAGAAGCAUCUGUGCCCAUUCAAUUUGAGACCAAACCACCUUCUCCUAUCCUGCAUGCCACUGCCAAAGAGAUUUUGGAACAAGAUGCUUCUUCAAAACCAGAAAUGGACAACAAGCAGAGCAGUGAUGAUUUUUAUGUACUAGAAACUAAGCUUACAACAGCAGCUGCACCAUCAUCUUUACAAAGUAGCCAGCCAGUUAAACUGGAAGAGAGUGUAUCCACAUCAGGGGCUCUUUUUGAUGUUUCUCCCCUGCAAAGGGCUUACUCUUCUGACAGAGGGUCAGCAGAAACCAAGGAGGAGUCUGACACAUUUGAAAUGGAGGAAAGCACCCUACCAUGUCGUAUUGAAUGUCAACUAACCACUGUGGCUGAGCAAAAAGAGACAGUUUCCUCAAUAACUGAGUCACAUGUGGCACAAAGCACCAUAUACGCUACACAGACAAAGACAGUCACUGUAACCGGUACUACCAUGGCAUCUCAACCUGAAGUAGAGAUAAAAACACAACAGGCUGCAUCUCUUACCCCAGUUUGCCCUGAGGAAAUUCACAGUGGAGCUACAAAAACCUCAUGUGCCAUAGCAGAUCUAUCAAAAACAGAAGAGGAAAGAGAUGCAAAGGAGGAGAGACUACAGUUAAAAGAGGAAGAGAAAGCUAGAGAGAUGAAACCUCUGAAGGAGGAUGCCAAAGUGUCAGAACCUAAAGAAAAAGAACCAAGGGAACGAGAUGACAAGACAGAAUUUACUAAAGAAGACACUGAAGUCAAGGAAAAAAUGGAGGAAAAGAAAUAUGAGGAAAAGUUAUGCAAAGACAGCACCACUGAGGAGAAGAAAACUACAGCUGAUCCAAAGAUGAGUGAAAGAGCAGAAAUUGGAGAGGGCCAAGAGGCAGAAAGUGUAGAGGAGAAAAUGUUGGAGAAACCACUAGAGAGGCUGGAGGUAAGGCGGAAGAGCAGUAUAUCUGAUUGGGAGCUCCUACAGAGGCCUGAAGGUUGCCCAAGUGCCCCUCCUCCAGGUUAUGGUGAUGAUGAUGAUGAGGAGGAAGAGGAGGAAGCAAUGGAAGCAAUGGAAUGGAUGACCACUGUCCAGGGUACCUCUCUGUCCUCUGCAAAAGAUACCUACCACACAGACGCAUCUAGAAAAGAAGAUGGACAGUCCGAUCGCCCCUCUGACUUGAACACAGGAGCCACCUCCUCGUCUUUCUCGCCUCCAGGGUACUCAUCCUGUGAAUAUAAACAUCGCAAAGGAGAACUUUCCCCAUCUUUCAUCAAUCCCAGUCCCCAUCAGCUUUCCAGUGAUGAGGGCGAAGAGGAUGGACGUAGUGACCACACCCGGGAAGGGGAUGAGGAUGAUCGUGAACAACACUCUGUUAAAAGGAGGUCUCACAAGCAGAGGCGUCAUCAUGCUCAGAGUCACCAUGGAGAUGCUAGUCAGGGGCCAAACCAGUUGCCUGGUGCUAUGUCAUCUGGACUGGGUGUGACAUUAGCAGGAGAAGAGACACCUCCAACAUCAGCAAGUGAAUCAUUGCCUUCACAGUCAGAUUCUGAUGUCCCACCAGAAACUGAGGAGUGUCCAUCCAUAACAGCCGAAGGAAAUCUGGACUCAGAUGAAGAUGCUGAACAUCUGCCUGUGGACAAACUAUCAGCUUCUGGAGCAGGUGGGGGCCACCAUCCCCCGUCACCUCGGUCAACCCAGAAGACUCAUGACCCCCUUCCCACCCCAAUGAAGGACCCUCUUCCUCACCCUCCCCACCCAGACGUGUGCAUGGUAGACCCAGAGGCACUUCUCAAUGACUAUAACAGCACAGAUAAACCUCCCAAGAAGGAGCACAAGACCACCAAAGUCCUCAGAAAGGGCAAACCGAAAUCAGCCUCCCCUGCCCGGAAGGGGGAUGUCAGGAAGAGAUCCUCCACUCCAGUGAAGCAGACCUCCAAGGACUCCGCCUCACCUCGCUCAGCCUCUCUGAAAAGGAAAGACACAGACAGAAGCUCCAGGCUGAUUAAAAUGUCUGAGACCCAAGGAUCUAGGAGUGAGAUCCAUAACCCUGGGAAAGGCUUAGUCAAUGGUGUCAAAAGCAGUUCAGGUAACAACUCUCAAAAAACUAGUUCAGCUGUUCCCCCUGGGCCACCCAUCUAUGUGGACCUGGCUUAUGUGCCCAACCACUGCAGUGCCAAGAACGUGGACCAAGAAUUCUUCAAGAGAGUGCGGGCCGCUUACUAUGUAGUGAGUGGGAAUGACCCAGGCAGUGGAGAGCCCAGCCGUGGAGUGUUGGAUGCCCUGUUGGAGGGCAAGGCUCAGUGGGGCUCUAAUUUACAGGUGACUCUGAUUCCCACCCAUGACACGGAGGUGACCAGGGACUGGUAUCAGCAGACCCACGAGAAGCAGCAAGAUCUCAACAUCAUGGUGCUGGCCUCCAGCAGCACCGUUGUCAUGCAGGAUGAAUCUUUCCCUGCCUGCAAGAUCGAGUUCUGAGCUUCAUAAGCCCUGAUGUGCUUUUCCCCUCCCAUCCUCCCCCCUCCCUGUCAUCUGUUCAUACUCGAGGUAGAGCAAGGGGAAUGCCGUACCCCCUGCUGCUUCAAAGCUUCUUGCUGUCUCAUGAUACCAGUCUCCAUUGCAUUUGCUGCAGUCCUCAACAUACUUGAUUGUGUUAGCUGAAAUCAAAGACAUGUCAAAACAUGGGGUCUGUGGUUUCUAUGACAGUGGGGUUAUGAAAAUAAUGUCAUUUUGUUUUCUUUAUAAUUCAAAAUAACUAAAGUUGCACAGCCAUUUUGUGGCUUGGAUAUAGAGAGAUUUGAUUUCCCAAGUACGUGUCCUAAAACAUUUCUGAUAAUUGUGGCAAAAAGUCUUUAUCAGUCAGACAACACUUUAUCUUUUAUAGACAUUUUCAACACUUAACAGCAUACUUACAAUACGAUAUAAUACAACAGAAUAAUGGACAAGAUUUGCCCAAAAAUGAAUUAAAUAUAUAAUGCCACAAUUUGUCUGAAGUAUUCGCAGGGAUAAUUUCUCACACUAUUAGAUCAAGGGUUGCAUUCAAAUCACAGUUGAUCUCAAACACAGACAUGAGAUACCCAUUGAACAAAAAGUGGCAAAUAUCAAAUCCAGAGUGCCAAAACAAGCUCCAAAAAACUGUUAACCUAAACCAUUGUUACUCAGCAAAAUUUCUCCUGACUCAAUCAGUGAUGAAUGGCUUGUCAAUCUUUAGAUUGUAUGCACAGUGUUUUAGGGUUGUAAUAUUUUUUCUCAUGUUUCUUAAUUUUGCGGCUCUUUUUUCCCCAUGAGCUAUAACUCUUUGCACACAAAGAGGCAUGAUCAAAUUGUGAACAAUUCUGCCAGUGCUCACGCUACAGUAGUGUCUGGAUUAACUCAGUUAAGACAUAAAUUGAUGUUAUGUAGAAAAGGGUCAUUCUUUGUACUUUGUUGUGAAGGUGUAGGAGGUAUCUGAAUUUGCCACUCCUCAAGAGCUAGCAUCUCUGAAAUCUUUCUUCUCGGCUUUCACAGCUUAGCUGGUGCAUGAUGCUUUCAUUUUAGCUCAGACUCUUUCCCCCAAUGGUUAGAGAAUUGCAUAGGGUUAAUCAUUUGUUAGCCAGCCAGUGGAUAUAAUGUAGAUAGGUUACCACACUGUUUGGCUGUGUCUAUGCUCAAGUGAAUGUUAAUUCAGUAGGCACCAGGCAAAGGGAUGAUGUUUCUACACUAACCAUAACUGCUGGAUGUAAUGGUUCUUCUUUGGCUAUUUUAAGUCAUUGUCAUGGUCUUUGUUGGUUGUAUGUACUCAAGUAUACAUAUAGGAUAAACAUUUCUAUAUCAAUAUAGAGGUUAUGUUAAACAAAUUAUAUAUUUUGUGAUGAUACAGCAAAUUAUGAUACUGAAGCGAAUGCUGUUUGUUUGGUCAUGCAUUUGAGAGGAAUGUUUAAAGGAUGAAUUACAUUUCUACCAUUUCCUCCUAUUCAAUUACAUUAUAUUGAUAUUUAUAUUGCCAGAAGUUGGAGACGGUAGUGACCUUUGACAAAUGUAGCAAUGGAAGCUACAUUCACACCCUUGUGAGUGAAUGUUAUGCCAAUGGGAAUUGCAAUAUGAAUUUUUAUUACUUGGGUUGCUUUUCAGAAGAAGAAAAAACCUACAUGAGGUAUGUUACAGAAGGACACUUCAAUGUGCCUUUAGGUUGUGGUCUUGGGCAGUAAGAGCUUUAUUUUAAAGACAGGUCAGCUAUUUUCAAACAGAGCCAGAAACCAGGGUAAAGAAACUGAAUAAACCACUUUGAAACAAAGGACCAAUCAGUUCAUACAGUGCACAGAGUUCGCUUGUUUGAUACUUUUACCCAUACCCACAGUACACACUUGAAGGUAGAUGCAGAGAUUUUGUUUGCCUUUUGGAAAUGCAGUUGUUGUUAUCUGAUUAAGCAUUCAUCUCAUAUUCUGGAUUGUCAGCUAGAAAAAGUAUCAGACCAAUAUGAAUGUCAAAGAGCAAGGAAUUGCACCAAAUAGGAAUGCACUUUUCGAUGGUGGGGGAGGAGAGUUUUGGGAGUUGCGUCUUUGUUUCUAGCAAGAACUAGAGCUAGUUGUUCAAAUAUACAGCGAUGUUACGAAGCUGGGUAGCGUGGAGGCACUCUGAAAAAACAAACAAACAAAAAAACAAACAAAGAAACAAAACAAAAACAAAACAAAAAAAAACAAAAAAACAAAACAAAAAAAACAACAACAAAAAAACAGGUGUUCCUCCAAAAUGAGCUUGCUGUUAGAGAGGGAACAUAACUGCAGAACUUUAUCUAAUUGUAAUCAAACUUUACAUAAAAUUUUAAUCCCAGAAUAAUGUUUAUUGAAUUAGCAUGAAUGUACUGGACACAGUUGAGGAAUGUCAUUGAAGUAGUUUAUGUGUUCGAGGGGAUGAUACGCGCUGAAGGGCAGAUGUUGCAGCUUUGUGCGCACCAACAUGUUUUCUGUGGGAUUAUUAUUGUGGUUUUUCCUGCUGUGUCACGUGAUGAUAGUGGGGCUCAGACAUGCCGUUCACAGCCAGACUCAGAGUAGCCAAUGUGUCCAUUUUAAACUUGCAGUAGGUCGACACGGUACGUUUUUAAGUCACUUUUUUUUCUUCAUUUAUAUCAGAAAACAGAUUUACAUAUGCAGUUCAUGCUCAUGUAUUAACAAUAUUUUUUUUGUCCAAAAUGUAUUUCAUCAUUAUUUUCUCUAAAUUUGCGCUAAAGACCGAAAGUAAUUCUGAUUGCUUUGUGUUUACAUGUUUCUAUCAGUAUUUCUGUUAAUGCAGCUGAUUUCAAGCUGAGGUUGGUUUCCAGUAGGCUGAGUUGAGACUAGGGAUGGGCCAGGCUGGGUGGGGCAAGCUUGGAUUUCUGUGUUUUGAAUUGUAGCUUGGUGCCAUCUACCAACACAACGAUGGGUUGAUAGAAAGCUCUUGCCAAGCAAAGCAAGGAGGUGCCCCUGCUUGCACAGUAGAUCUUCUAUCAAUUCUUUACCUCAAUCUAAUGCAAAAUAAAGAAACUAGAGGAAGGCUAGAGUCCAUCGUCGCUUUGUGCUAGCCUGGGACCAGUGCCAUUUUAUCUCCCUGUAGAACUUACUCAAGUGUUUUAUACCUCAUCUCUCAAAACCUCAAUCCUCUUUUCUCCACCCGGCCCACCUUACUCUCAAAUCAAACACAGAUGAGUCAUAAGGUUGUUGCUGAAAGUUUUCUGUCAGUGUUAUGCUCGUUCAUUCUCCAUGUCUGCCAGCAUUAUGCACUGGAUAAGCCUUGAUAUUAUGCAUCUCAUGCUCAUGAUGUCUCAGAGGCAGACAUGGCUUUUUUUUCCCUCCCCAACCAGUGGGAGGAUUCUUUUCAGUUCCAGAUGCAGGUUGUAUGUUAAACAGCUGGGUACGCACAAGUACACACACAGACCCUAGUUUGGAGGGACUUUGUGUCCAAGGGCACACUUCCUUUGAGGGUGUAGAGAGGACAAAAAAGGUUUAAACUAAACUAACUCCCUUGGAAAUACCAAUUGUUUGCACCCAAGUGUUUGUCAGUUAAGCAAAAAGUCCUUGCCACUAUGUUUUCAAUCCUGUUUGGGAUGUGUACUGUAUUCUAUUAAAAAGCCAGGAAGAAGCUUUCUAAAAUAAUGUAUGAAAUGAGUUUUGUGGGUGGUUGAUAUGUUGUGUUGUCUUUGAAUAAUGUAAGCCGGUGGAUCCCUAAUACCUGGCCUUGGGAACCAAGCAAAUGAAUGCUGUGAAAACACUCAAUACUAAACUGUAUAAGUAUACAGAAGCUGAAUGCACUAAAACGGAGAUCUAUUUUUCUGAAUGUAGAGUGGGUAUGACUGCACGAAUGCUGCUGGAUGAAAACAAACAUAAAAAAAGAACAUAUUCACACACCAACACAGCCAGAAAUAAAUUUGAGGAAGCACAGAAGGUGGGCAGAUGCCGCGUUGUGUUCUGAUUCGACAGACUGUGUGUUGUUGUUCACACUUACAGUGUCUUGUCGUUUCAAUUAUGCUUCUGUCCCAAGAGGGAGAGGAGUUCGAUUUUGACGUGGCAGGAAGCAAAGUUAGAUUCCAUGAAAAAACAUAUAUUAACUGCAACACAGAAAAAGUACUGAAUGCAGCUCUAACUUUUUCCUUUUCCUGAAUAUGACUUGAAACACAUGCAGACUCAAGAAAACAUCAAUAAAAUAAUCAAACAAAUGCUACAUGUACAUUUAUGUACUGUACACAAAUUUGUAUAUAUAUAUAUCUCUCUCAAAACAAUAAAUCUGAAAGAUAGAAUCCUUCUUGUGAUACGUUUUCAUUUUAGGUGAUUUUAUUGACAGUAUGAUCAAAACUCCUAAGCCUUCAACCAAGAAAACUCCACAAAAUGCUGACAAGAUACAGGAUGAAAAAAAAGCGCAUCUUUCAGAUCACUUACAUCACCAUACUCGCAUCAAAAAAAUGAAAUCAUUUGACCACAAUACAGUAUCAUCCGCCCAUCUAAUCUUUCUGCAUGUGAUUUAUUUAGUUAUAAUCCUGAAUGUAAUCGUUUAACAUGGAAAUAAUAAUAAAAAACAAGCUAUUUUAAAGAGGUAUAUUUGAAAAAAGCUAACUGUCUUAACUGGUACUGAAAUGACCUAAUAUAAUACUGGGCUGUGCUUUUAUUGUUUGCCCUUAUUAACAUGUUGUUAAGAAGACGCUGUACUACUUGUAGUUAUGUUUGAUUCUUAUUUUGGCAUUGUAUUUAUCUUAGUUAUGUUUUUUCUUCUUCAGCGCAAUAUUCGAUAUCUCUGUCUCUUUAAAUCUAACUUGUAAAACUAGAACUACUGCAGAUUCAUUGUAAAAGGGAAACAGCCUGGUGAUCAUCAAUUAAAGUACAUUGAAAUCUAAA